UUCGUCCAUUGCAACCCAUCCAGCACUUUAAGCCAAGCCCUUCCUUGAACAACAAACUUUCGAAUCCAAAAAGCUUGCAACGCAAACGAUGGGUCUCUUGUCGUUUCUCUUGUGCUUGAAGGCACUACAGACGGCAACGGCCUUUGGGAGGCAACCGCUUCGGACGAUGCGUGCGUACGCUCCACGGAGCUUACGAAGCACUCCGUUGCCCUUGGCUGGGCAAGCUACGGAGCUGCCGGAUUCCCUAGAAGACGCAGCAACCCGUGCCGCGCAGGCGACGGCCAAUUUUGCGUCCCAGUCGGGGCCGUUGGCACGCUGCCGGGUAGAUUUUGACACCAGCGUUGGCGACGAAACCUACACACUCCUUAAAUCUAGUACGGAAUUUAUGCAAAAUUUCGUUUCGGCUUUGUGCUACGCCACCAUUCCGGGAUUGCAGGAGCAAAGACAGGCGGAAAUGAUGAAGGUUGCGGAAGCGCGAGCGGAGCUUAAAGUGCUCUUCCAGGAAAACCCUGAAGACGAUCGCGUCCGUGAGCUUCAAAAAAUGCUUGCUGCGAAUGGGCGUGAUCCGGACGCGGGUCCGUGGACAGGCCCGGUAGCGCGUGUGUACUUUCCCGAUGAAGGCAGUGCGGCUUUGGCACGCCGAGACUGGUUGGGGGUGGAUCCGAAGGUACCUCCGUGUGUCCAAUUUGCUUCCUGUGGUGGAGUGCAAGUUGGCGACAUUCAGAAAGAUCGUAUUGUCUUUUUCUUUUGUCCAAAGGCGAGCGAAAGUGAAUACGUGGAAAAGAUUCUAAUCAACACGGAAACGACAGCGACAGAUUUGCAACUUUCUGUCUUGGUGAAUCCAAACUUGGUGGAUAUGGGAGUCACGGGCUUUGGCAUGGCGGGGCGGCGUCUGCGCGAGCGUCUCAUUGAUCCCUUGCAGAAUACUUACUACCUACGAACGUUGCCUUGGGGGGCACUCACCCGGCUCUGGCCCCAGGCCUACAGCGUCUGGCAAGAAGAUACCGACGCCGAAGGCGGCUACCGCCUUAUUAAAACGUUGGGCCGCCUGCCGUCGAACCCUGAAGUCGAAGAUAUCUACGAUAUUGAAAACGGAAACAUGGAAGCACGACAGUCGGGCGGACCGCUGGAUCAGCUAGCAGACUUUGUCAACGGUAUGAUGCGAUUGUAA